AUGAAUACAACAUUGUUUCGUUCUCUUAUUGUAUUGUUAUUUUUAUUUUUUAAUUAUCACAUAGAUAUUGUAAAUUCACAACCAUCUUUAAUAUAUUCAUAUUCUAGAACUAUAUUAGUUGGAAAGUAUUGUCCUUUUGAUCAGGUCAAUAAGAGAGAGUAUAUCGAUGGCUAUGCCCUAUUAAACUACACGAGUAAUUUGGAGGCUACCAACGAGGCUACAAUAGAUGGUACCCCUGCUACAGCGGUAACCACCUAUUUCAAUAAUAAUUAUGUUGGACAAUUAUUGUAUAUCAACAUUGUUUCACCCAUUUCAUCAACUGGUACAACCAUCCUAAAUAAUAGUGUAAUAGUAAAUUUACAAGAUCCAAAUAAUUCAUCACUCAUUUGGCAAGUACCAAUUGGAAAUAUAUCAUGUUAUUCAUUUAGAGAUCAACCAUUAAUAUUAAAAAGUAAUGGAAUAAUACAAGCAUCAAUGUUUGAUGCAAGAUUAUCAAUUGUAACAUUUAUAGUUGAAUUUGGACAAGUUCCAACUGACAAUAUCGACUGUGUUGAGGAUGGUGGACAAUUUAAUUGUAUUUGUCAUCCCUACGAUUUUGGGUACAAAUUGUAUCCUGUAAGAGGAAAGAUAUUUUUAAAGUGUUCGUUGGCACCAUUGGCAAACACGUUUACGGGUUGGGACAAUGCUGUCAAUGUAACAUUUUCAGACAAAGGAAGAGUCAAUAUUGGAUCGGUCUCGGCAACAGUCGACUUCCCAUUUAUGGCCAAUUGGAAUAGCAGCACGACGGUGUUUAACAAAGUUACUACCGGCGUGAAAAACAGAACAUGGAUCGACAUUCAAUCACAGGUGAACCAAUUUAGUGUCUAUGCCAAUGUGUCUGAUUGGAACAGUCAGUUUAUCGUGUACAAGGCCGACGGAGGUGUCAUCCCAUCGACUGGUGUCAAUUACUAUGGUAACACGUAUAAACCAUUGUUGGCUGAUGACAAGGGAAAUGCCCUGAUCCACUUUGCACUUCCACAGUCAAUGACAGCGGCCAAUGUACCUGCCACAUUGACAAGCACGUCGAUUAGUACACUCAACAAUGCGUCGAUUCUAGCUACCAAUUAUACUCACUACCGAUACCCCUAUAAUAACACUGCUACAAGCUCACACGUAGCGUACGAUGGUGCUAGAUAUGUGGUCACACCCAUAUGGAAGUCGACCGGUGCCGCCCCGUUCAUCAAGGUGCAAGCCAAUUCGUUGCUGAAUAACUUUGUGCAGACAGUGAAACAGCCAUUCCCCUAUGGAUUAAAGAAGGGUAUUCCCUCGAUGGGCAAGUACGACUAUGCGUUUGACCAACCCGUCCAUCCCAACUUUGUGUCCAACAAGCUGACCGUGUGGGGUCCACACAAUGAGCGAUUGGUCGAGGGAGAGACGAACUCUGGCAAGACAGGUACACCAAGUCGAACGCCUUUGGUCUUGGUAGACAUAUUUCGAAGGUUUACGUCGCACCAGAAUGUGUUUUGUUUCAAGAUCACAUAUAAUGACGGGUUUGGAUUCCAAGGUGGAUACGUUCCCUUUGGUCCCGAAAAUGGCGUUUAUAUUCGAGCAAGCGAUCACUCGUACACUAACAAUUACGAAGUGGAGUUGAAUAUCACCCAGACAGAUUAUGGUCGUCGUUUCCGAUUCCACUUGUUGUCACUUGAUGGCAAGACACAACGUCUCUACCAGCAAAACGAUGUGGUCCAGAUGUUUUUCCGUCAUCCCAUGGUGUUGGGUGACGUGCCGGCAACCAGUCUUCUCGAAUUCUCCAUCGAUGAGGUUUCAGAGUUGUUUUGGUCACCACCAACUGUUGGUGUCACCCUCGGCCCGGCCAAAUCUACCCUCUCCUUCAAGUUGGCAACCACCACCUACUUCCCAAGCAUAACGGAUCGUCCUGCCGUGAUGAUCUACAAGCGUCACAAAUCCAACGUCUACGACUUGGCACAAUACUUUAUGGGCAAGUAUGAAGACGGAUAUUACAAGGUUGAGGUAACCAUUGAUCAGGGAAGUUUCCCCGGUCCAGCCGAAUACUUUAUCGCGUCGUCCAACACCAACAUUACCAGCGAGGCACUCCGUUCCAACCCUCUGGUUGGAGACAAUGCCAUUCUCACUAUUGUAUGCCAAAAUACCGAUGAAAUGGGUCCCAUUGUAGGAUGCGUAUCGCCACCCUCCUACUCGAUCAAUGUCACCUCACCACAAGAGGAAUCAGUGACCCUUCAAUGGACCAUCAAUAUCCAAGAUCGUCCAAGUGGCAUUGCACUCGCCAACAGCUAUGCUAUCGUCACCAGCAACAUCGACCCAACCCCUCGUCGAGUCAGUCUUGUCCAAGUGUCUGGCGACGUAUUUAGCGGUGUUUACAGCGCCACUCACUCUGCACGUGCUGGUGCCAGCUGUGAGAUAUUUAAAUUGGAUUUAGUAUUGACCGAUUCACUCGGUAAUGUAGCCACCUCCAUUGCACUUGGUGAUCUUGAUGACAAUCAAAUCAACGUCGAUCCAUUCCAUUACUUGCCCGAUCAUAUAGGUCGAUACAUAUCAGUGUUGUAUCCCACUGCAGUCGUCGACACUGACCCACCCGUUCUUGUCGACCUGUCAUUCUUCACUGCUGUUCCUGUAGACGUGUCAUUGUACAAUCGUACGGUUGAAUUCCAAUUUACAUUGUAUGAUCAAGUCAGUGGAGUAUCGUUGGCAUCUACCCCAUACCUCUACGUCACUGGAUUGAAUGGUGAAUCUGCCAGUUGUGCGGGUGUCAUGAUCUCCAUGACAAACGACUCUCUGUUGGCCAACGCUGGCAAUGUCACCUACCGAUGCAAUGUUGAACUUCCCUAUGGCUUUGGUUACCAGACCUCGCCAGUCGUAUCCAUCUAUGGAUACAGUGACAACAGUCGAAACUUUGGAUCGCAAACAUCGGCCGAUCUCCUUGCCAAGGGAUUCGUAUCGUCAUUUGCCGUCGUCAUGAAUAAUAUCCAGCCAAUCAUUUUGUCGACCAGCGGUAUCCCCAUCAUCACAGCCGACGACAAACCCAUUACCAUCCGUGGACGUAGACUUAUCCCCUUGGAGUCUUACACAUUCACUAUGAUCCAAAUCACCUAUACAUACAGUCCAGGUGGUAGUCAAGUCAUUACAAGAAUCUCCAACUUUUGGAAUUUAACCUAUGCUCCAGCCAUUCCAUACAAUCCUAUACCAGAACCUCCUGCCGGUGCCAUUGAACCAUUCAACUUUUACACACCAUCCGCUGAAUGUCCAGUACCUCUUGUUCUUCCACCUGACCAAUGUACAGUUGUAUUCCCGUCUCAAGAGACUGACGAUUCUUCAUCUUCGUCUUCAUCUUCAUCUUCGUCAUCCUCCUCUAAUUCAGAUUCUUCAUCUUCGUCAUCCUCCUCUAAUUCAACUUCCUCUUCCUCCUCUGACUCUGGAGGUGUCACGCCACCAGGUGAUGACAAUGAUGACAGUGAAGGUGGUUUAUCAGCUGGUGCUAUUGGUGGUAUUGCGGCUGGAGCAUUUGUAUUGGCAGCUUUACUUGCACUUGCCAUUGUAUUUGCUAGAAGAAGAUCUAAACGAAAGUCACCACCAGACCAAGAAAUGGAACUUGAACAAAAGACUGUACCAAUGUUUGUAGGAGGUAAAGUUAAUAAUAUUGAUGAAUUUUAA